AAACCAAUUUUAUUACUUUUGAUUGCAGAAAUGUCUUCAUCCGACGGUUUUAUGUAUUCUCAACCGACAGGAGAUUCUUCUCAAAAGGUUGAGCUCAACAACGAACAGAUUCAUGCUUUGCUCAACAAACUCUCCAGUGACGAACAAAAGGAAUUGACCGAAAUGAUGAGAACUUGCACCACGGAGGUUACAAUGACACGUGGAUUGCCGAUAACUGGAGCAAUUCUCGGCAGUUUGUAUUUAGCUCGUACUCGCCUUCCCGCUCAAUAUCAUUUUGGUCCCAAAGGAUGGCCAUUUUAUGCUAUAAUGGGGAUUGCUUCUCUCACUGCUUCAAAUUUGAUGUUCAUGGGCACAUGCCGAGAUCGUAUCAAGCCAAGAAUUGAUCAACUAUGGAAAAAAUACGACCUCGCCAAGUCAUCGACAAACUACGAAGAUAUUCGCCGCCAAAAUAGAGGAGCCGGCGUAGUUCCUUUAGUGCGAAUUGAUGGCGAAGCAGCAGCUCAGAGAGUUGAGAAUCCGAAACCAAAUUCAUAUGAUUACACGUACAGUGUUCCUUCUUCUGGCGAUAAUUCUUCCUACGACGGUUCAUUCUCUUCAUACAAGACAGAAAUAGGAGAGACAUCAGAAUUCCAACAAUCUCCACGAGCUCGCCGCCCAUCUCCACCAAUUCCUUCGCCAUACGGUGUUGAAGAUUCAGGAUUCAUGUCUGGAACACCUUCUGGACCGUCGUCAGACAGCAAUCAGGGACAAGGAUACACUUUUUCGUAGAUUUAAUUCAUUUUCAAUGGAAUUGCUUACAUAGAUUUUAUUUAGUGAAGUACACACAUCGCCGGUUACAUUUUUCUUGUUUUGUAUCAUAAAUUAUUUUGAUUUUUUUUAAA